UAUCAUUGUUGUUUUGUAUUUAAAAAUCAAUACAUGAAUACAAGGAAAAAUGAAUUUAAAAAUAACUAUCGAUUUUUUUAUUACUAUAUUAUUUAUAGCGAGCAUAAGUGUUUUGUGUUAUGCUGAUGAAGGUUGUCUCAAAAAUGAAGUAUACAAAUUUUGUGGUAAUGAAUGUGAACCAACGUGUUUAAAUAAAAAUCAACUGAACUGUGCUACAACAUGUUCACUGGAUUUUGGCUGUACAUGUGAUGAUGGAUAUGUGAGAGAUUCAGAAAAUACAAAUAAUUGUAUUCCUUUGGAUUCAUGUUAAAUUGUUUACGCUUCAAUGGUCUCGGAACUGAUAACGUUUCAAAUAAACAUAAAAAAUAAGAUAAUAAAUAAAAUUUUUUAUAUAUGUAUUGAGUUUUUUAGUUUCAGCUUGUAUUUUUCAAAUUGAUCAGAAAGACAAUUUUUUUUUCUUAGUUGACAGUAAAUUGUGAUUAUUUUUCAAGUUCAUUUCAAUUUAUUUUUUUUAUUUAUACAAAAUUAUAUUUUUGAAAAAUUAUUUUCAUUUUAUUUAUAAUCUAUUAUUUAAACACUUGUUUUUUUUAUAAUGUAAAUUAUAUUAUUAUUAUUUAAAUAAUAAAAAAAUUUUUAAAUAAAUGUCCAACAAUGAAAUUUUACUGAUCAACUUUCAGUAGAAUAAUUUCUGGACAUAUAC